AUGCCUCUGAUCAAUGCUCGUGAUGAGGCACAUCAGCCCUCAGAUCUCGCCACCAGUUUGACCGCCCUUACUUCAACGAAUAGUGGCUUCUUCACACUCCGGCAUUCACGCUGCUGUCACAACCACAUUAUCACCGACAACCCCAGCGAAGCAUCAUCGCUUUCUUUGUACUGGACACACGAUCAACUUGGCAGCGCACGCGUUCAUUUAGUAAACGGCAUAGGAACUAGAUAG